UGUGUAGUCGUAUCAUGCCUUGCUCACACAGUCACACUUGUUAAAUAGAGUAAAACAUCAACAUUUCAUCAUUUUAUAUAUUUUAUAAAUUUGAUCAAAAUUCAGAGCGAUCAUCCCUAAAAACCAUCAAAAAGUUUCUGGGUUUUCAAUAUUUCUCCAGAAUUGUAUGUUAUGAUCCCCACAAAUUAAUUUGGAACCGGAAAUUGUUUGAUAAACCCCCUUUUACUAUAUUUUUCGAAAUUCGAUUUUUUUCAUUGCAUGAAUUUUGACAUUGAGAUCAAGGUCGAUCAAAAGCGAUUUCAACUGGCAUUUUUGCAUGUAACUUCUAUUGAGUGGUGACACCAUGCUUGGAAAUGGAGUUGUUGGAAUUCUUUCGGAGACAUGUAACAAGUGGGAAAGACGGGCUCCUUUAACACCAGCUCAUUGUGCUCGACUUCUACACAGUGGAAAUGGUAAAUCUGGUGUGGCCCAGAUAAUUGUUCAGCCAUCUACCAAGAGAAUCUACCAUGACGCCCUUUAUGAAGAGGUUGGUUGUGAAGUAUCUGAUGACUUGUCAGAAUGUGGUCUUGUUGUGGGCGUCAAACAACCAAAGCUAGAGAUGAUCCUUCCCGAGAGAGCCUAUGCUUUCUUCUCGCAUACCCACAAAGCGCAGAAAGAAAACAUGUCUUUGCUCGACAAGAUUCUGUCAGAAAGUGCAACCUUGUAUGAUUAUGAGCUCAUUGUUGGAGAUCAUGGGAAAAGGUUACUGGCAUUUGGACAGUAUGCUGGCAGAGCUGGGAUGGUGGACUUUUUGCAUGGCUUAGGACAGCGUUAUCUAAGUUUUGGAUAUUCAACACCCUUCCUUUCCUUGGGUUCAUCUUACAUGUAUACUUCCUUGGCUGCUGCAAAGGCUGCUGUCAUAUCCGUGGGUGAAGAGAUCUCCACUCUUGGACUUCCAUCUGGCAUCUGUCCUCUUGUUUUUGUCUUUACUGGAGCAGGAAAUGUUUCGCAAGGUGCACAAGAGAUUUUCAAGCUUCUUCCUCAUACUUUUGUGGAUCCUAGCAGACUCCCAGAGUUGUUUGAAACAGCUGGAUGCCAGAAUCAGAAUUCUCGGGCGUCGAAGAGACUCUUCCAAAUAUAUGGUUGUGUUGUAAAGAGUAAACACAUGGUUGAACCCAAAGAUCCUAACAAAACUUUCAACAAAGCUGACUACUACUCGCAUCCAGAGCAUUACUCUCCAAUAUUUCAUGAAAGAAUUGCCCCGUAUGCAUCUGUCAUUGUCAAUUGCAUGUACUGGGAGCAAAGAUUUCCUAGGUUGUUGACCACCAAGCAGCUUCAAGAUUUAAUGAAGAAAAAAUGUCCACUUGUUGGUGUAUCCGAUAUAACAUGUGAUAUAGGAGGAUCCAUUGAGUUUGUUAACCAAGCCACCACCAUCGACUCACCUUUCUUUAGAUUUGAUCCACUGAUGGACUCGUACCAUAAUGACAUGGAAGGUAGUGGUGUGAUAUGCUCAGCCGUUGACAUCCUUCCAACUGAGUUUGCCAAAGAGGCUUCCCAACAUUUUGGCAACAUUCUGUCGCAAUUUAUUGGUCACUUGGCAUCCACGAAAGAUUUUGAAGUACUACCUCCCCAUUUGAAACAAGCUUGUAUAGUACACAGGGGAGCACUUACAUCCUUAUACGAGUAUAUACCUCGUAUGCGAGAAUCUGCUUCAGAUGAAUUGUCACAGAACCUGCCAGAUUCUCAUCCUAAUAAGAAAACGCACACACGACUGGUGUCUUUGACCGGUCAUCUGUUUGAUGAUUUUUUGAUAAACGAGGCUUUGGAUAGAAUUGAAGCUGCAGGUGGCUCCUUCCGCUUGGUAAAAUGUCAUGUUGGCCAGAGUAAUGAUGCCACAUCAUACUCUGAACUUGAAGUUGGGGCUGAUGAUAUCUCUGUGUUGGAUCAAAUUAUCGAUUCAUUAACAUCUCUUGCCAGUAAGAGCGAAAAAAAUGGGAUUGUGGAGAAUCAACCCAACAGAAUUUCCCUCACCGUUGGAAAGAUCCAUGAGAAUGGUUUAGAAUGCGUAGACGAGUCAAGAAGGAAAGCAUCAGUACUAAUUCUUGGUGCUGGCCGUGUAUGCCAACCAGCUGCUGAGUUUUUAGUAUCCAUCAAGAACCUUUCUUCUUGCCCGUUGUUUGAGAAGUGCAUGGAUCUGAAUAUUGAUGUGGAAGAUGAUAUCCAAGUCAUUGUUGCAUCUCUAUAUCUAAAGGAUGCGGAAGAGGUCAUCCAAGGUAUUCCAGACGCAACAGCUGUGCAGCUAGAUGUGUCGGAUAAAGAAAGUCUGCACAAAUAUGUGUCACAGGUUGAAGUUGUUAUCAGUCUACUUCCUCCUAGCUGCCAUGUUGCAAUAGCAACGGCGUGUAUUGAGCUUAAGAAGCAUCUGGUUACUGCUAGCUAUAUUGACGACUCCUUGUCAAAGCUUGAUCAAAGUGCAAAGGAUGCUGGUGUAACAGUUCUUGGUGAGAUGGGCCUUGAUCCUGGAAUAGAUCACAUGUUGGCAAUGAAAAUGAUAAACGAAGCACACAUAAAAGGGGGUAAAGUGUGUUCUUUUACUUCUUAUUGUGGGGGCCUUCCAUCUCCAGCAGCUGCCAACAAUCCGCUAGCCUAUAAAUUCAGUUGGAACCCUGCUGGUGCUUUAAGAGCUGGGCGUAAUCCUGCAACAUAUAGAUCCCAUGGAGAAGUAAUUCAAGUUAAUGGGGAUGAUCUUUAUGAUUCAGCUGUGAAUUUCCGGCUACCUGAUUUUCCGGCUUUUGCAUUAGAAGUCCUUCCGAAUCGUAAUUCUUUGAUUUAUGGAGAUAUCUACAAAGUUGGAGAUGAAGCUUCAACAAUCUUCCGAGGAACACUUCGUUAUGAAGGUUUUGGUGAAAUAAUGGGGACAUUAGCAAGGAUUGGUUUCUUCAACACUGAAGCCCAAGAAACUCUUAAAUGUUCCGAGAGACCUACAUUUGAAACAUUUACUCUGAAGCUCCUUGGUAUCGAGAAGGAGACUUUAUUAGGCUCUAAUAUUGGAGAGAUCAGCAUCGCAGAAAAGAUUAUAUUACAUGGACAUUGCAAAAAACAGGAAACUGCCGUUAAGACUGCAAGGACAAUCAUAUUCCUUGGACUUCACGAGGAUACGUUAAUACCUUCUACAUGCAAGACUGCGUUUGACGUCACCUGUCUUCGCAUGGAGGAAAGACUUUCAUAUUCUACCACAGAACAGGAUAUGGUCCUUCUUUAUCAUGAAAUAGAGGUAGAAUUCCCAAAAUCCCAAAAGAUAGAGAAGCACCAGGCAACUCUCUUGGAAUUUGGAAAGACCGAGAAAGGAAGAACUACAUCUGCUAUGGCACUGACUGUAGGAAUUCCUGCAGCAAUUGGAGCCCUGCUCUUGCUUUCAAACAAGAUCAAGUCAAGAGGAAUAUUGAGGCCUAUUGAAUCAGAAGUUUACGUUCCAGCGCUGGACAUAAUACAAGCUUAUGGAAUCAACUUAUCAGAGAAUACAGCAUGAAUUUACGUACAAUACAUACCAGUUUCGAUACAUUAAGUUUACCCUUGAAUAUAAUACAAUCCCAAUAAAUCCAAUCAGUUUAUGGAAAUUUUAGUUUCUGUACCAUUAUAUAGGUAAGCCUCAGUUGAUGAAUCAUGCCCAGAUCACUUUGUAGAGGUACUGUAUAGUAUAGUAUAGUUCAUCCUGAUGCUCAAUAGAAUUUUCUGUACUGUCCAUGUUGCUACUGUAAUUAGCCGAAAACGGAUCAAAAGCUGUAAAAUAUGAUUAAUUACUACACAAGAAUCAUAAAAGUUCAUGAUUUGUUUUAGCAUUAA